AUGGCGCCUCCCAUAAAAGUCGGUAUCAUAGGCUAUGGCUUUUCAGCCAAGUGCUUCCACUUACCCUUCAUCUUGCCUAACCACGAACUUGAAGUGCACGCUUUCCUUCAGCGGGCUGCGGCCCCCUCAGAAGACCCGGCAUCAAAGACGAAGCCCUGGGGCCACUGUACCGUGGAUUUUCCACAUGUCAAGCACUAUCAGACUGCCGACGACUUUUUUGCCGACGUUGCCAUUGAACUCGUCAUUAUCUGCACACACAAUCACCGCGAGUUUGUGGAGAAGGCGCUCAAGUCGGGGAAGCACGUUGUUGUCGAGAAACCAUUCCUGGCUACGAGCGCCGACGCAGAUGAGAUGAUUGAGCUUGCGAAGGCAGAAGGAAAGGUUCUGACAAACCGAAUUCUUGGUUUUCACUCGUACGUGACUGACGAGAGGGCCUCUGGUUCGUUAUAUGAAGACCGAAGAUUUGAUAGCGACUUUCGCACCUUGGAAGACCUUGUGAAGAAAGGUGCCCUUGGUGAUGUCAGGGAAGCUGAAAUCCAUUACGAUAUUCCCUCGCCAUCUUGGAUUGCCGGGUGGACCCAGAAGGAGUAUAUCCCGGGUGAGGGCAUGAUUUUCGGCCUAGGCACCCACACGAUCGACCAGGCUCUGCAUCUAUUUGGGCCCCCAGCCUCGGUAACGGGCUUCCUCCGGUCCAACCGCGGUGUUGACAGCGACAUCGACGACACGUACACCAUUAUUCUGCAAUAUAGCGGGGAUAAGAAGAACCUGGUUGUGACUAUCAAGACAGCCAUCGUGUCGCAUAUGAAGGACCAGCUCCGUUUUUUUGUCAGAGGAACGGAAGGGACAUACCUCAAGUUUGGCACCUGCCCUCAAGAAGAGAGGGCUAUCGCAGCGCCAGCCCAGCCCGCCAUGGAUCCGAACUUCGGCGUGGAGGACGAACACAUCUGGGGCACCUUGACCACGACCACGGAGUUUGACAGCUCUUACCAGGUCCACGAUGAAACCACGGGUUGCUGGGUUGGUAAGUGUCCAAGCUUGCCGGGCUGGUACCGCGGUUACUACGAAAACGUGGCGGCGGCGAUUCGGGGACGGGAAGAAAUCUGUGUCAAGCCUGAGAUGGCGAGGGAUGGAAUAAGAGUCAUCGAGCUGGCGAGGGAGUCGCAUGUCAAAGGGGCCACUAUUCCCUGGUCGUAA